AUGAUUCUCUUGCUGUCUGCUCUGGUCCUUAUUGUGGCCUUUAUGAUCUUCUCUUUGACUGGUCUUAUUCAGAGCAAGCCGAAAGGAAGCAAACUUCCAAAGAGCUUGCCAUCAUUCCCGUUAAUCGGAAGCCUGUUGAGCCUAUGGAGUAAUCUCCCUCCUCACCUACUCUUCCUGAAACUCCAAAAAACUUACGGGAAUAUCUUUUCCCUGAUGAUGGGUUCACACUAUGUGGUGGUGAUCAACAGCUAUCAACAUGCCAAGGAAGUCCUGUUGAAAAAGGGAAAAAUCUUUGCUGGCAGACCCAGUACGGUGACUACAGACCUGCUGUCCAGAAAUGGGAAGGAUAUUGCAUUUGGAAGCUACUGCCCAGGCUGGAAGUUUCACAGGAAGCUUAUUCAUUCAUCUAUCUCUCUGAUUGGUGAUAAAUCAGCAGCUCUUGAGAAAAUGAUUUGCAAAGGAAUUGGAUCAGCAUGCUGUACAUUUGAAGACUUUCUUGACUCACCGCUGGACAUCAUGCCUGAGGUGAAGCGAAUAGUCAUCAAUAUAACCUGCUGGCUCUGUUUCAACUCAAAAUAUGAGAGUGAUGACCCAGAGUUUCAGGAAGUGCUGGAGUACACCCAAGGCAUUGUGGACACUGUGGGAAAGGAUAGCUUAAUAGACAUCUUCCCCUGGCUCCAGAUAUUUCCCAAUGAAGAACUCCAUACUCUGAAGCAAUGCAUUGCAAGACGAGACAAUAUUCUUCAAAAGCAAUUUGAAAAGCACAAGGCAAAUUACAGCAGUGACUCUAUACAUGAUUUGUUUGACAUUUUGCUAAAAGCCAAGAUGAAUGCAGAGAAUAACAACAAUUCAGCGUAUGAGGAGAGACUGACAGAUGACCACUUGCUUAUGUCAGUGGCAGACAUAUUUGGGGCCGGGACUGAGACCACCAGCACUACGAUUGCUUGGAUGAUUGUUUACCUGCUCCACCAUCCUGAGAUUCAGAAGAAAAUACAAGAGGAGAUCGAUAGCAACGUUGGAUUUGAAAGGACUCCUCAAUUGAGUGAUAAAGGCAACUUGCAUUUUCUCAGUGCAACUAUCAGUGAAGUCCUACGGAUCCAACCAGUAUCACCUCUCCUAAUUCCACACGUGGCUUUGGAAGAUUCCAGCAUUGGUGAGUACACAAUCCCCAAAGAAACUCGUGUAAUCAUCAACCUCUGGGCAAUUCAUCAUGAUGAGGAGGAGUGGAAGAAUCCAGAUGCCUUUGAUCCAGGCCGGUUCUUGGACAAGGAUGGCAAAUAUGUCCACUCACCUUCGGGUAGCUACUUGCCUUUCGGGGCUGGUGUCAGGGCCUGUCUUGGAGAGAUGCUGGCAAAGAUGGAAAUCUUUCUCUUCUCGUCUUGGUUUUUACAACGCUUCACUGCCGAAGUCCCCCGAGGUCAACCCCUGCCAAGCUUGUUGGGGAAAUUUGGGAUCAUUGUUCAGCCACCGAAGUUUGAGGUGCAGCUCAAAUUCAGGAAGGCAUGGAAAAAUCGCGGGCAAUGCAGCUGA